ACAAGUUAAAUGAGUCAGUUUGUUUUUGUGUAUAGGGAGAGAGCGUUUUUUCAUUUUUUCAGAAAAAUUGAGUUAGGUGAGGAGAAGGAAGGAAGACGAAGAGAGAAAAAUGUCGAGCUCUGUGGAGAUGAAUGAAGUUGUGUCCAUUGAGCUUCCAGCUCCAAAUGGUUGGUUGAAAAGGUUUCUGCCUAAGAAAGGAGGGACGCCAAAGAAAAAUGAGAUCGUGUUUACUGCACCAACAGGGGAGGAGAUUACUACAAAGAAACAGUUGCAGCAGUACCUGAAGUCUCACCCUGGUGGUCCUGCAAUCACUGAGUUUGACUGGGGAAGUGGGGAAGCUCCAAGAAGAUCCACAAGGAUCACUGGAAAGGCAAAGACAGCUCCACUUGCAGCAGAAAGUGUGACUCCAACAAAGCGAAGCAGAAAAUCUUCAGCUUCUAAGAAGGAUGUGAAAGACCAAAAAGAACAGGAAGAAACUGAGGCAGCAAAGGAUGUUGACAUGCCAGAAGCUGACAAACAGGAAAAGGAUGGUGUGUCUGUGGAAGCUGAAAAACAUGAAAAGGAUGCUGUGGCUGUGGAAGCUGGAAAACAUGAAAAGGAUGCUGCGGCUGUGGAAGCUGAAAAGGUGGUCGUACAGAAACAUGACGAGGGAAAAGAUGAAAACAAGGAAGAAAUGCCUUCUACUGAUGUUGGUAUUGUGAAGGAGAACCAAGCUAAACAGACAAGUCAAGGCCAAACUGAAGAUGGUCCUUCCAAAGAUGAUGCUGUUGAGAAGGAUGUCCAAAUGGCUGAUCAUGCUGCUGAGAAGGAUGUCCAAAUGGCUGAUCAUGCUGCUGAGAAGGACUCCAAAAUGGCUGAUCAUGCUGCUGAGAAGGACUCCAAAAUGGCUGAUCAUGCUGCUGAGAAGGAUGUCCAAAUGGCUGAUCAUGCAGCUGAGAAGAAAGAUGAAAUGCAUUCUUCUGCUGUUGAUGUUGUGGAGGAGAACCAAGCUGAAAAAAUGGGUGAAGGCCAAAAGGCCGGAGAUGGUCCUUCUAAAGAGGCUGAGGUUGAGAAAGAUGACAAAAUGUCAGACUCUGUUGCAGAGAAGAAAGAUGAAACUUCUGAUGUUGAUGCUGUGAAAAGUGAUGACCCAACUGAAGAUGGAAAAGCAGAAGAUGCUCCUGCUGAUGUGUCUGCGGCUGACAAAAAUGUUGGAGAUGCUUUCAUGGUGAAAGAGGUGCCAAUUGGGAAAGCAGCAGAUGAAGCUGAAGCAACUGAUAACGGGAUCAACACCGAUGAGAUUAACCCUUGAAUAGUGACAUGGAGCCAUUCUCUGCUACCCUCUUACCCUGCUCUCUUAUUCUCUCUGACCUCUUACCCUUGUUACUUUUCUCUAGUGACUGUAGUGUUGUUGUCAAUGGUAGUACUCUCAGACUGUUCAUGAGAUAUCUGUAUGUAAUAUCGUAGAUUUAGGUCGUUACUUGCAGCCUGGUCCUCUGAAAGAACUUAUAGCUGAAAGAAAUAUCUGUAAACCUUACACCAUAGAUUUAGACCUUCAGUUGGACAGAACUUGUAACUUGCUGAGAUCCAUGUAGCAUGUUGUGACUGAACUCAGUAACGUAAGUUGUAAUAAGUCCUUAUUAAGUUAAUGUCGAGUCUUAACUAUUCGA